UUAAACUUUUGCUCAAUCAGCAGUUUCCUCCCCACUCCCCAACACAUACGGUUUCUGCAUUCAUCAAUUUAAGAUACCUAGGAGUUUACCACAUUUACUGUUACUCUGAGAAAUUGAUUACAGGCCCCUGCUAAGUUGGAAAUAGAGGUUACAAAUCUUGCCGCAAAAGCUGGGAAAGGGGAAGUUGUGGGCGCACUUUCUUUUUCUGUCGGACAUGGUGCAAGUAUUUUAAAGAAGGUUGCUUCCGUGAGAAUGUUUCCCACUCCAAAUGAUGCUCAGAAUAUUAAAUCGUAUCCACUUAGUACAUCGGUUCAGCAAAAUGUUGAAGCCAUGCAUAAUGGUUGCCUCUUUGCGUCAACCUCUUAUUUUGAAAGAAACAGAAUUGCUAACCUUCAAAAUGAUAUGGAAAGUGAGAACAUUGGAGAUAGAGACAUAGGUUUUUGGGUGGGGCUUGGCACAGAGAGGGAAUGGGAGAGUAUUCGAUCAUUGCUUCCACUUUCGGUGGCUCCAAUAUCAUUACAGAAUGAAUAUAUUGGUAUGGAAGUUGUGAUGAAAAAUGGAAAGAAGCAUGUAAUUUUCAGGGGUCUUGUUACAGUAGUGAAUGAUUCAGAUGUUAUUUUGAAUAUUUUGACAAGUCAUGCAUCCAUUGGUUGUGAUCCUUCACUUGGAGUUAACAGUUCUAAUGACGUAACUGAAGAAGUCUUUCAAAAUCAGUAUUAUCAGCCAACAUCUGGUUGGGGUAACAAUUGGCCUGGUGUGCACAAUGACAAUCCUGGACAUUGGAGCACAAGGGACUUCUCAUACUCAUCUAAGGAUUUCUUUGAACCCCCGCUUCCUCCUGGGUGGAAAUGGGCUUCGGGUUGGUCCAUAGAUAAGUCUCAAAAUGUUGACAAGGAAGGCUGGGCAUAUGGGCCUGACAUUAAAAACUUAAGAUGGCCUCCUACUUCUUCACAGUUUUCUACCAAAUCAGCCAAUGAUGUUGUGCGUCGAAGGCGUUGGAUUCGUACUAGACAAUCUUUUUCUCAGCAAGGUACAGAAUGCUUGCAGAGCGGAGCAAGUACUGUGCACCCUGGAGCUUCAGCUGUUUUAUCAUGGAGAAGUACAUCUAAGAACUCUGACCAUUGUUUGCAAGUUCGACCUAAAUUUGAUAAUUCUCAGCCUUCAUACUCAUGGGGUUGUGCUAUUGCUGUUGGGGCAAGUUAUAUUUAUAGCAAAGACCAACUAUUAGAUCCGGUUUCUAGACCAAGUUCUGUGACACCCAAUUGCUCAUUGAAGCUUAAUGAGCUUGAGAAAAAAGAUAUACUUCUGUGCUGUAAUCCUAGUAGCGGAAGUAAACAAUUGUGGUUUAGUGUGGGUACAGAUGCCUCGGUUCUCAAUACUGAAUUAAAUAUACCUGUAUAUGAUUGGAGAAUAUCUAUUAACUCUCCUUUGAAAUUGGAGAACCGGCUUCCUUGUCCUGCUGAAUUUUCAAUCUCAGAGAAAAUAAAGGAAGGAAGUUGUAUUGAGCGGCAUCAUGGUGCCGUUUCUUCUCGUCAGAGUGUACAUAUCUAUUCAGUUGAUAUUCAGAAACCCUUGUAUCUUACUUUGUCUGUGCAGGGUGGCUGGGUCAUGGAAAAGGACCCAAUUCUUGCACUGGAUCCUUCUUUCUCAAACCAUGUCUCAUCUUUUUGGAUGAUUCACAAGCGAAGUAGAAGGUUUGUAAUAUGUUUUCCUUUUUCUUUUUUCUCGAAUCUCAAUUAAAUUUUCUUUAAUUGA